AGCACCAUCUCCCGUCUUUGUUGUUGUACGCCCCGAAAACACAGCAUCAGCACCAGCGCGUCAACACCACCAGCCUGCCUGCUUUCUGUGCAUACGUAGGUUACCUGCCUCCGUUCGACCAUGAGGUUUCCAUGACAAAGAAAGUGGCGAGACUAGGCCUCCAUUCCUCCUCCUCCGUCUCAUUUCGCGCAGUUAUGUCUUUGGUUCGCGGCUCCCUCUCGCCAUGCCUGCGGACCGCCUGUACCUGCUUUUCUUGCUGGUUGUGAUCUCCUGCGGGGAUGGUGUCGUGAGGGCGGCGGCGGAGGGUGGUGUCGCCACCGCCACCGGCCUACCCGCGCUGCUGGCCGCCGAGGACAAUGCCAUCGCCACUGUCCCAGACGGAUCCAUCACCGGCCAGACGGCCCUUUAUCAGGUUCAGACACCGUCUACCCUAAUACCAGAGCCGCCCUUUGCCCUGAGGGUCCUAGUGAAGGACCAGGUGACCCGGCGGCCCCUGGGCGGGGCCCAGGUGGAGGUGUUUGUCAACCACACCCUGAGUAGCCAGGCCCUGACUGGGGAGAGGGGAGAGGUGCAGCUCAGGGUCCCUUACAGCCUGGGCCUCAGCCUGACCAUCGUAGCUAGCAUGGAGGGAUACGUCCUCACCCCGCUGCCCUGGAGAACCACCAAGAGACCCAUAUUCUCCUCUGUGACCCUAUCGCUGCUCCCUCAAAAACAAGGCAACAUCUGGCUGUUUGACGACUCUGUGCUCAUCACUGGGAAGUUACCUGACAUCUCCUACCAGCCCAGCGUUCAGUUCCCCAAGAGUCACCUGAUGCUCUCAGACGGCAGUAACACCACCACAGUGAUGGCCUACCUGACCGUGCCGCAGCGCCACCUAGGCAAGGACUGUGUCAACUGCACCCCAGGCAUCAUUCACAACAAGUCAGUGUUCAGGAGUGUUGAGUUGCGGGCGAUGGCAGCGGUCAGUACUCUGCUGUACUCUGGUGGUCAGGAGGUCCAGGUGAAAGGCCCCAUCCAGAUCUCCCUGCCCCUGGCACAUACCACCAACCUGAGACCCUCCGACACCCUCCCUGCCUGGGCCUUCAACACCAAGACAGGUGCUUGGGAGAACCAGGGUCUGGGGAUAGUGAAGAUGGUUGAAGAUCGUCUGGUCUGGACCUACAUGGCUUCUCACCUAGGUUACUGGAUCGCUGCACCCGUACCCUCCUCCAAUGGUUACAUGGGCCAUGCCAGCUCAAUGGAAUUCCUCUCCUACCACACCUACCUGCUCAUAGGAAUACUGGGGGGGACUCUGGUUAUAGUCUUGGGCUUUCUGGCUGUGCUGCUGUGUCGCUGUGGAGGUCCAGGUUCCUCUCGUGAGCCGAGGAGGAGAAGAGCACGGUUCUCUAAGCUGUCUGUUCUGAAGAAGGACCAGACCACCUCCACCCACAUGGAGGAGGGCCAUGCCAUGAUGUCCUUCCACCCCGGAGACAGAGCCCACGGCCUGGCCUCGCGCAGCGUCCAGUGUGACCCCUCCUCCACCCCCAGGCACAACAAAGCCAACUACAACAUCUAUGUGGAAGACCCCGGGCGUGGGUCUGCUGCCCUCCUGUAUGAAAAUGUGGGGAGCGGGAACAAGGGUCCCCAGGCAUCACACCACUACGUCAACAGUGAGGAGGUGGCUCGGCUGAGGGAGAGGUCCAGAGAGGACCAGAAUAGAGCUCACCUGGGUGGAGGUGCUCAGCUGCUCCACCUCUACAACCAGCCUGUGGCCAUCCUCCAGGCCCCGGAGCUCUUCAGCAGCCAGGGUGGGGAGCAGCAAGGAUCAGGCUGCAAGUCAGCCACCUUCCCCCGCAACGGAGGAGCCUAUGACCCCCACUCCCACUCUGAGCAGGGCGGUCAGGACAGCUACACCCAGACCCUCCCUAAGAACCCCCACCACGCCCAGGGAGCCAACCCCCAGCAGGGCGGCCAGGACCAGCCCCAGGCCCUGGAGAACCCUCCCCAGGGCCCAUCCUCUAACCCUGGGGUGUGGGGCCGCUACAGCAGCCUCCUGGAGUCCUCGGUGUCCGUCCCCGGUACCCUGAACGAAGCAGCUGGAAUGAGGGCCUUCGGCGGUGGGGUGGGGGGCCCCGGUGAACUCCAGGGGAUAUCAGAGCGUACUCUCCUGGAGCUGACCCGAGGCAAGGCCUCGUCGCCUCACCCCAGGGCCUGGUUUGUCUCCCUGGAUGGGAAACCAGCCGCCUCGGUCCGCCACUCCAUCAUAGAGCUCCAGGGCCGCCACCCACGGCCCCCCAGCAGCAACGACACCAGCCUGGACUCUGGCGUGGACAUGAACGAGCCCCAGCAGAGUGUGAGGGAGGCGGAGCGAGAGAGGCCAUCCAUCCGGGGCUCGUUCCCCCACCACAGCAGAGGGCGCUACAGCGAGGAGCAGGACUUGAGCAGCAGUGAGAGUGGCACCACCGCCACCUGCACCCCUGAAGACCCCUACCUGAGGAACAUUCUGGACGGGAGCAGCGGGGCCAUUCCCAAUAUCCCGGAGGAGCGGGACGGGAUGGACACGUCCAGUGCGCAGGAGGACAGUGAGUCGAGGGGGACACCGCCCCCACGCAGGCUGAGGAAGGUGAGGGAGAAGGGGAGGGCCGAGAAGAGAAGCGCCAGGCACCAUGUCAGAGAAGAGAGGCCUCUGGUCAAACGGAGCUAAGGUACUGCUCACCAGAGAUGGACUGAGGUGGGACUUAUUUCAUUACCAGUCAAUUCUGGAAGUGUAUUGACAUUAUUGGCAUUCAGUAGUUAAUGGGCUUUUUUCAAGUCCAGUUGCAUGGUCAGUGCUUUUUCCUGAAUUGGCUGCGACGGUUACAGAAACGUUGAAUUUGUCAAGAAGGGAUUGAGUCUAUUGUUUAUUAUUUUCCUAUAGGGGUCGUACAUUGACGGACGGCUGAGACAAUAUAAGGCGAUGUCAAAGCGUUUUCUGUGGUUUGAUGGAUGUGUUUGCGCCAGUCGUUCUAAAAGGAAUAGUUAGAUUGAUGCUAGUGCUAUACAGGAGUAGUAUGGCUGCAUUCUUUACACUGCCUGCAUUGAGGAAUGUUUAGUGAUACUGUAUAGAGAGAUAAUGAAGGGUAAUUAGAAAGGAUAGAGGGCUGUAUUGGGCUGAGCUGAUGAGAUCUGACAGCAGAGACAGACAGUGAUACAGUCCUCCUGUACAGAACACUAACACUUACCCACCGUGAUUGCCUGCCUUUAAAGGAAAUCAAUAUUAACACCAUUGCCUGCUCUGCUCACAGUGUUUAAGACUGGCUGUACCCAGCCAUCUGUCUAUCGCUCUCUUUAUAAACUAGACACUGAUUCACAGCUGUCCCUUUUAGAGGUCAUUGUUACACCUCUAUUAAGGGGAAAAGACCGGAUUUCUUUGAGAAUGCAUGAAAGGUCAAAAGUUAAAUUGUGUGUAUUAAAGAGGAAAGUAUGUGUAUUUUAAUUGUAGUGUGAAGACAUUGGAAAUGAUGCCUCUUCUUAGGGACAUUGGGUCUGAGGGAUAUUAAUCCAGUCAUUUAUUACUUUAACGUAUUCUUCUUCAAAUAGUUACUGUUGAUGUUGAGUGAUUCCUGUUCCACAAGCAGAUCUUACACAAAACAUUGCUGUUCUUACAUACAGAUGGAGUGUGGGGAGGCGCCAGUUUAAGCUUUCAUUGUUCAGUCUAAAAAGCACAGAACACUUUAAUUUGCCUUGUUUGUGAUGCAUUUGAGCACAAUUGGGCACGAUACAUAAAAUACAAUUUGAUUGGUUAGAACCCGCUGCAAUGAGAACUUAUUAAGCAUAACAUAAAACACUCAAAUAAAUGAAAGACACUUAAAUUUAUGUUGGUUUUUUUUAUUGUAAAAAGCGAGGUGGUAUUUCAAAUGAA